UGUGAUUAGCGCGUCCAUAUUAAAUUAAACGUCUCGUUUAAUAUCAUUAACCACUUAAAAUUUAAUUUUACACGUUACUACUGCUCUAUCAGUCGAGAUGCUGCCGGCAGCAAGCGAGGACCUGCUCGAUAAUAAGCAACUCACCGCCAACACCAAAGUCUACAAAAGAAGAUGGAUAAUCCUCACCAUUUUUAUUCUCUACGCAUUGGGCAAUUCGUUUCAAUGGGUGGAGUACAGCAUUGUCACCAACAUGGUGGUGAAAUAUUACAACGUCAGUUCUUUGGCCGUGGAUUGGACGGCUAUUAUUUAUUUGUGCAUUUACCCAGUUAUUGUCGUACCCGUGUCUUACGUAAUUGAAAUUCAGGGUUUGAGAGUCACCGCUCUGAUAGGUGGAAUCGUGACGGCUCUGGCUGCAGUUAUAAAAGUAUUCUCCAUCGAUAGAGAUCUGUUUUACGUGAUAUUGCUGGGACAAGCCUUAGGCUCGACCGCGCAGGUUUUUAUCCUGUGCUUGCCGCCCAAAAUAGCGGCUGUAUGGUUCAAACCUAGCGAGGCAUCGUUGGCGAAUUCUUUAGGCGUUUUCGGUACGCAAUUAGGCUUCGGUUUGGGAUUUCUGGUACCGUCGAUGACGAUUAGAGAUAUCGAUGAUAUGAAGUCGAUUGCGGCCGAUUUUCGGAAACUGAGCUGGAUGCUAGCAAUUUAUAUGGUACCCGUAGCUACUGCUAUAGUAUUCUAUUUUCCUCAUCGGCCUCCGUUGCCGCCGAGCGUGGUACAAACGGAAAACAAGAACCAGAAACGACCGACAUUUCGCGAAUUUUGUAUACGUUUUAUCGAAAUAAUGAAGGAACCCGGUUUCGCCUUGCAAUCUCUGGCUUACGGAACGAAUAUCGGAAGCUACGCAGCCUUUACAACGUUCUUGAAUCAAUUCGUCCUGCAGCACUUCAAAGACGGGCAAGAGGACGCAGGACGAAUGGGUUUAUUCUCGGUGGGCGUCGGAAUGGUAGGCACCAUAAUAUCAGGAGCGAUACUGGACAAAACGCACAAAUACAAGGAAACCAAUCUAAUCGUUUGUUAUAUGUCCGUAGUGAGCGUGCUCGCCAUGGUCGGAUCUCUUUGGUUAGGUAACAUGACUUGGACGUACAUGGCUUGCAUGCUGAUCGGGUUCUUCCUGAACGCCUAUUGGGCGACGGGCAUCGAACUGGGCGUGGAACUGUCCUACCCGGCGGACGAGAUCAUGGCCACCGGCAUUCUCACCGCCGCGUCCCAGGGCAUCGGGUGCUUCGUAUGCUGGGCUUUGGGGCCUUUCAACCUGCGAUUCGGAGCGCUGUGGAGCCUCGUUUUGCUGGCCGCGCUGCUCUUGAUCGGCGCAUUGCUCACUCAAUUCGUGCCCAACAUCAGAAAGCGCCAGGAGGAGUUCAAACGGAACGUUAACGGCGCCAUGUUAUUAACAAGCCCUGUAGCCACCAGACAUUCCAAUAGGUUACACAGACACUUAUAGGAUCCUGGAGGAAUAAUCGUAUUGUCUUCAGACUGCUCAAUAUAGGAAUUAAUAAACAUGAGAAUAACAAUUAAACGAUUUUAUUUGAAUAAAAC